ACAUUCCUAUCAGCGGAUCUGAAUGCAUGUCUCUACUUGAAAGUGAUGGUCGUUUGGAAUAUUUGUGCUGAUGAUAACUCCAACACUCCACACCAUUUCAGUUAAAGAAAAUCGGAAUGGAAUUUAGAACACCAGUUUCUUUUGAUGCUAAAAUAUAAGUGAAUCCAUUUCAGCACUUGAUACGGUAUGAUUAAGCAGGGAACCAGACAACCCCACCAGACUCCUUUCCUCCAGCACUCAACAUAACUGUGUUCCAGGAUGGCACGGAGAAAUGUUGCUACUGCAGACUUCGCAACUUUUAAAGAAAAACAGCAUAACAAAAUUUAACAUUUUCAUUUGAAGAUAAGCAUAUACUGUACCACUGAUUAUAUUAAAAAUGUUGGAUGUGACACAUUCCUGAAGUUUGACGAGAGUUAAAAUGCUUUUGCCUGCUUCUUGGAAUGAAACCAAUGGUAUCGUCUCGCUGUAUAACUGGACUUGUGUAUGCCAGCGCCUUGACUUUCUUGCUGUUCAUUUUAAAACUGUUUGCUUCUGUAAACUACAUCGAUGAGUACAAUGAGGACCACUGGAACCACAGAAGCAGCCUCUUUCCAGAGCAUUCAAAGCACAGGGCAGCCAAGCGUAGAACUGGAGUGGAUUUUAAGUCCUUGCUUAAGACUAACCACGAGCCUCCAUUUUGUCAGAAGGGACUGAUUUUGCUAAUACUUGUAACAUCUGCUCCGUGGCAUAUAGAGCAAAGGAACGCAAUACGAAACACAUGGGCGAAAAAGCUUGGCGAGGAGACAUCCUCUUGGCAGGCUUUAUUCCUCGUUGGCCAGCCAUCGGAGAUGGGCAUUUCUUCAGACAUCUUGCAAGAGCACAGAAUAUUUGGCGAUAUUCUAGUUGGGAAUUACGCAGACUCCUACAGAAAUUUAACCCUUAAAGUCAUGCAUGGAUUGAGAUGGUCUGUGGAGCACUGUGAGCCCCAGUACAUUUUAAAAACAGACGAUGAUUGUUUUGUAAACACUGACAGGUUGGCUCGUUUCUUGGCAGAUUACAAUGUGGUUAAAACUGGGCUCUAUGUGGGGUCUUUGUUUGCUGAAGGCAAAAGGCAUGUUAUCAGGGACCCUCUGAGUAAAUGGUAUGUAUCCAGGGAGGACUACUGGGAGGAUGAGUAUCCCCCUUACGCCAGUGGGAUUGGUUAUGUACUCUCUUUAGACGCCGCCACUAGAAUCAUGAAAGCUGCUGAAGAUGUUCCUCCUGUGCCAAUGGAAGAUGCCUACGUGGGAAUAUUAGCAAAAGAGGCUGAGAUCACUGUGAGAUCCAGUGGACGUUUCACAAAGCACAAUGUUAACUGGAGAGUGUGUAACUACAGGUACCUCAUGGUGAUUCACAACUUGGAUAUUGGAGCGCUUAAAAGUGCACAACAAAAUAUGAUUAAAGCCAGAACUGCCUGUUCCGAAACCUCAGAGAUCACCAGAUGGAAAUGAGACAUGGCACCCUCCCACUGUAGUUAGUUUAGAAGACAUUUUGCAAUAUGAACCCAUAAUCUAACAAGUGUUGUGUAACAUGUUUGGGAAUGGUGAUGUUUACAUAGCAAAUUAUUAUUCAUGUCACCCACACAUGAAAUGACUCACAUGACAGACCACAAUCCACAGGUUUUGCUGUGGAUAUACCAGUCACAUAUAAUUACUGAAUCAAUUAAUCUCUUUUUUGCUUUUAUUAUCAUCUGAAGAAUUGGUCUUUUGUACAUUUUGUUUAUCUAAUUCCACAAAGGUUAAUUUGUUCGGUCAUCCUUGUUGUAAUUUAUGUCUAAAAAGUCAAAAGAUGAAUUGUUAUAAUUUUCUCAUUAUUGAAUUUGGGUACUGACAAUUACUUUUGUGUAUGUUAAUAUGUAUGGUUUUUAAAAAGGAGGAUCUAAUUGAUUAACGAGAGUUAGCAAUUUCCUUUUAAGAAAAGGAUAUGGUAUAAAUAUCCCAUUAAUAAAUGUGAAAUAUCAUGUAAUGGUUUUAUUAGGUAGACAGGAGAACGUAUGCUUAAUAUAGCACUGAAAGGUACAAAUAGACUGUAUUCAUUGUUUUUCCAGACAAAAAUGUAGUGUGUUUCCUUAAACUUGAAUAUCUUGCAUGAUAAUUAGUAGAUCAGACUGUAAGGUUCCUAGAAUGUCCUUGUUAAUGUCCAUCCUAUUUAACAGAGCACUUAAUUACAUUCCAUUUUCAAAGUAACUGUCUUAAAUGAUUAAAACAGUCGUGUUUUAUAUGAA